CUCUGCUGGCUCCUUAACACGCCGCCACUCAACUCCAGUCAAGGUUUUACAGGAGGUAGAGAGACUGAGCUGACAAAAAAAUGAGAGGACUUGUUGUCUUGGUAACUUUGGCCUGCUUUGCCACCGCUCAGCACCAAGCACUGAUUGACUAUUUGGAGCGGAGGCUGCUUGCUAUUGAGGACCGGAUCUCUCUAUGGCACGAACAGACAGCCCGUUAUGCCACAGAGCUGCGGGAGCUGAAGCAACAAAUGGUUUCUCAGCUGGAGAAUCUGGACAAAGAGAAAGAGGUGCUGAGAGUGAGUCUGGACGGCGUGGGCACCAGGGUGGACCGGGUGGAGCGGGAGCUGGACUACCUGGAGACUCAGAAUGGGAACCAGCCGUGUGUGGAUGUAGACGACAAGCUGAUAGAGCAGCAGGUCAAUCUGGUGACGGAGAAGCAGAAGGCCAAAUAUUCCAAACUGUCAGACUGCAGUGACAUGAUCUCGAGCAUAAAAGCCAUGAAGAUCUUGAAACGAGUCGGAGGGCCAAAGGGCGCGUGGAGCAAAGACAGCAGCUCAGGUUCUGGGAAGAUCUACAUCUUCAACGGGACAGAUGGGGACACAAUCCACGAGUUUUCCUCUGUGCAGGACUUCACCCGCUCUCCGGGGAUGUUUCAGUCCAAGGCCCUGAAGCUACCAUCGGCGUGGAGAGGAACAGGACAUGUCAUCUACAAAAAUCAUGCCUACUAUGUAACUCAGGAUGACGAGAUCAUGGUGAUUAAAUAUGACUUGAGGAGCAACUCAGUGACAGACAGGGCUGUGUUUCCUGUCCAGGACCACGUCCCAGUGUACGACCUGACUCCUGAGACAGUGCUGGACCUGGCUGUGGAUGAAGAAGGCCUGUGGGCCAUUUACGCCACACGCCAGAACGAGAGGCACAUCUCUGUGGCAAAAAUGGACACCAACUUGCUGGGCAUCGAGCAGAUGUGGGACACUAACUGCCCGCAAGAGAAUGCAGAGGCCGCCUUUGUCAUCUGCGGCACUCUCUAUGUUGUGUACAACACCCAGCAACCUGGUCGCUCUCGUUUGCAGUGUGUAUUUGAUGUUAAUGACAUGGUGACCAAUGAGGACGCACCACAGAUUUACUUCCCAAAACGUUAUGGGGCUCAUUCCAGUCUGAAGUACAACCCACAGGAGCAGCUGCUGUAUGCCUGGGAUGAUGGAUAUCAGAUCCUGUACAAGCUCGUCAUGAAGAAGAAACUAGAAAUAUGAGCUCAUGAGUACAAACAAUCCUCAAAAAACUCUCCAUAACAAAUCCAUAAACGUGUACACGACCAUGCCAGAGGUUUGGCAAGUUUUAGCUUCGUACAAGUCAUGUUUACUUCAUAUAACUGGCCACUUUAUAACAUGUGGUGUAGAAAUUCAGACGCUUAUCUCUUACUUUUCAUGCAGCCAUUAGUUUCCAUUUUAUAUUAUUUAAAACAAUAAUCAGAUCUACAUCUUUAAUAACGAAAAUUGUUUCCUACUUAAUAAUUGUUCAGAUGUAUCUGUGUAAUUUACACACUGUAAUGGUUCGAAUUUAAGGGGCAGACUUUCGGUGGAACACAGGAGCAAGGACAAAAUAAUAAAUGUAGUUACAGAAAACAGUAAAACAGGCCAGUGAGGAUUUUUGUUGAUUGUGGGAUUUUUCUAUCAUUGUCUCAUGUUUGCCAUGAUUUUAACCCUCAUGCAACCUUUAGAGGAUAACGCCCUUCACCUUAAGUGCAAAAACUGUCAAAAGACUGAUAUUAAACUUUUAAUUAAACGUUAUGUUUAUUAUGUAUAUUCAUUUUCAAUGUGUUUAAAUGAAACUUCAAGCCUGAUAAUUAAAAACAUUACUCAUAUUUUUUUUAUAAGUAACCCUUUAAAUGCCAGCUUUUCAAAUGCAAUAAAAAAAGUAAUAUUUAAUAAACACAAAAAUAUGUAAUAUAUUACAUUAUAUAUUACAUAAUACAUGAUGGUUUGAAGGGAUAGAGCAACCUGGUAUAUGUAUCAGAUUACCAACAAUACUGUUUUUUUGUCCUGCUUGAUUAUCUUUUGUGUAGUAUUACUUACUCACUCUCGACAUCUUAAGGGCCAAAAAUGUCCCAUUUGUAUCUUCUUAUUCUUACGGCUUCUCCCUUUAGGGGUCACCACAGCAGAUCAUCUGCAUCCAUCUUGUCCUAUCCCUUCUUAUGCAAAUUCGUUUUGGUUUUUUGGUAACACAUCAGUCCUGAUCA